AUGCAGAUGGAGAAUUGCUCAGCGGUCACUGAAUUCUUCCUGGUGGGACUUUCCAAAUACCCAGAACUCCAGCUUUUUCUGUUCAUGCUCUGCCUCAUCAUGUAUGUGAUAAUCCUCCUGGGAAACAGUCUCCUCAUUAUCAUCAGUGUACUGGAUUUUCACCUCCACACCCCCAUGUACUUCUUCCUUAGGAACCUCUUGUUCCUGGACAUCUGUUAUACAUCAUCAUCCAUUUCUCCAAUGCUCAUCAUAUUUAGGUCCGAGACAAAAUCCAUCUCCUUCAUUGGCUGUGCUCUGCAGAUGGUUGCCUCCCUUGGGUUGGGCUCCACUGAGUGUGUCCUCUUGGCUGUGAUGGCCUAUGACCGGUAUGUGGCCAUCUGCAACCCACUGAGGUACCCCAUCAUCAUGAACAGAGUGCUUUAUAUGCACAUCGCUGCUUGGUCCUGGAUCAUAGGCUGUAUGAAUUCCUUAGUGCAAACAGCCCUGACAAUGGUGUUGCCUUUCUGUGGAAAUAACAUUAUUGAUCAUCUUACCUCCAACCUCACUGUGGUUGUCUUAUUCUAUGGUUCAGCUCUUUUUAUGUACAUGAAGCCCAAGUCAAAGGACACAAAAGCACCCGAUGAAAUCAUUGGAUUGUCUUAUGGAGUGGUAACCCCGAUGUUGAACCCCAUCAUCUACAGCCUGAGGAAUAAGGAGUUGAAAGAGGCUCUGAAGAAAGUCUUGAGUAGACACUUAAAAUCAUGGAAAAUAUGA